AUGGAGCGACCUAAUGCAAGCUAUUCGCGAACAUAUUUGACUCGACACAACUACCGGGGCCCCAAUCUUCUGAGUACCUUUGGAGGCACAGAGACUGCGAUCCGAACCACUACUACUCGAGCCGCGAUAGAAGACGCUCACGGCAAACAGUGCAUCAUGGCGCCAACAGCCCAAGAUGAAGAUGACCUGGCCAUUUACGCCCAGCCGUUAAGCAGCGACGAUGAGGACUACAACACUGCCACAAAACCUGACGCCAACAGCCUUGCAAAGGACUGUGAAAGCAAAAUGGCAAAAGCCUCUCGUCCGUCUCCGAAACGUACCUCCCCCACCACAGCAAGCAGGAGAUCGAAGAGGAGGAAGCUUGUCGACGAGCCAAGUCUGGAUACACUGAGCGCCGUGACUACAGAUUUUACCGCAGUGCCAGACCCGAUGGCAGAAUGGACUUCGUCUGGCUCCCAGAAGAGAAGGCUACAAAAGAGUUAUGCGAACCGGAAGACGUUUCAGAAGCCGGAGCCACUGAAGAAUAAGCCUACAUUACCAGUAGACGGACAGGAGUUCGUAUCCUACAGCGUGGUAACCAAGCAUGAAAAUGCGCCGAAUGUGAAGGCCGGUUUCAUGCCUACUGCUGCAAUGACUGGGAAGAGCAAGAUCAAGAGCCCUAGCACUUUAAAAUCGGAUCUCAACAUUGCAGAGUUGCCCAAGAAAGAGACGCCGAAAGAGUGCGGGUUUCAGCUGCCCGACCUGCCUAGUUUCACGUCUACUGCUACUACUACUGCCACCGUGUUCGAAGAGGAAGCUUCCAACAACAGAGAAAAUACCCGCAGACGAUCAGGGUCGACGUCGUCCUUGUCCUCCGUUGAUUCCAUGUUCAUUUUAGAACACCAGGGCGAGCUGCUGGAGCAAGACGAUAUCACCUCGCAGGGAAGCCAAGCGUCCGAUUUCCGUUGUCCAGUCUGCCAAAAGGCAGUUAAAGAUUCAGCGUCGUUAUUUGUCCCCGAUAAUCUUCGCACUCUAUCUUUUAAGAAACAGCAAGAUUUCUGUCUGCAGCACCAAGUGGCCGAAGCACACGAGCAGUGGCACGACCGGGGAUAUCCAGACAUCAACUGGGACAAUUUCGAGACUGUCCGAGUCCCCCCAAAACUGCCCGUGCUGAAGGAGAUUAUCAACCGAAGUACUCCGAGCUACUACCUUGAUCAGCUGGACGAGAAAAUCAAAGCCGCCCGAGGCAAUCGUAAAGCGGUGAAACUGUACCUGAACGAAGGCAUCGUCGAUGUCGCGAAACAAGGCUACUACGGUCCCAAGGGGGCCCGCGUCAUGGUGGGCGCUAUUAUGACGGAGCUUACGAAACCACUCAAUCAGGCUUUAAAGUCUGACUCCGCGCUCCGGGCCGCUGGGGUCGGUGGCUAUGUGAACGCCGUCCUGGUCCCGGAGUUGACUUCUUUAUUGGUAAAGGAAGACAUGAAGCUGAAAAAUGGGGAAGAGGCCAGGAACGUGUUGGACGAGAGCAGUCAAAUUGGCGCUCUGCUGAACCCUGAUGAUGAUCACGUCGAGCGCGAGGAUGAUGACUGA